CUCCUCUCCUCUUUGUCCCUCUCCUUCUCUUUCUCCUGCUUCUGCUGCUCACCGCCACACCAUUCUCCAAGCAGGAGAAGAGAAGAGAGGACAAAACCCGCCCCCGCCCUUCAAACUCCUCUCGCCGUUCCUGCCAGUUGACAGCUUCAUCGAUGCCUUCGAUAGUUGUCUCCGAUUCAGUUCAGUCCCCCGACAACUCCAAAAGCAAAAGCAAAGAGAAGAAGAUGAAGGUGAAGGUCCAGCUCGAGGCCGACGGCGGCUUCGAGUCUCCGGCGUCGGACAAGAAGCACAAGAAGGAAAAGAAGAGCGGCGGCAAGAGCUCCGAAUCCAAGCAGCCGAAGGUCCUGGAGCAUCAGGAGGAUGCGAAGAAGGAGAAGAAGAGGAAGGCGUUGGAGCUGCGCGAGGACGAUGAUGACGAUAAGAGCGAGACCAGCUCCGAGCUGGUCGACCCCGAGAACUUGAAGGGGAAGAAGAAGAAGGCAAAGCUGAGCGACGGCGACGAUGAGGUGGCUCAGGAGGAGAACCCCAACGCCGUGUCGAAUUUCAGGAUCUCGGACAGCCUGAGGUUGAAGCUGAAGGACAAUAAGAUCGAGGCUUUGUUCCCCAUUCAGGCCAUGACGUUUGAUAUCGUCCUCGAUGGGACUGAUUUGGUCGGCCGUGCCCGCACUGGUCAGGGCAAAACUCUAGCUUUUGUCUUGCCCCUUUUGGAAUCUCUGACGAAUGGGCCUGCAAAAACCUCAAGGAAGACAGGAUAUGGUAGGCCACCAAGUGUUUUGGUGCUUCUACCUACUAGGGAAUUGGCCAAGCAGGUGUUCUCUGAUUUUGAAGUAUAUGGUGGAGCAGUGGGCUUAACAUCAUGUUGUUUGUAUGGUGGAGCACCCUAUCAUGCUCAGGAGAGCCAUCUGAGGAGAGGGGUUGAUAUAGUAAUUGGAACACCUGGCCGUGUGAAAGACCACAUUGAGAGGGGAAAUAUUGACUUGAGCUCUUUAACCUUCCGUGUCCUUGAUGAGGCUGAUGAAAUGCUAAGGAUGGGUUUUGUUGAAGAUGUGGAGCUAAUUCUUGGCAAGGUGAAGGAUACAAGUAAAGUUCAGACGCUGCUCUUUAGCGCAACCUUACCAGACUGGGUGAAGGGUAUUUCUUCCAGGUUCCUUAAACAGAACAAGAGAACUAUAGAUCUAGUAGGUAAUGAGAAAAUGAAGGCCAGCACCAAUGUUAGGCAUAUUGUCAUUCCUUGUACAAGUGCAGCUAGACCUCAGCUUAUCCCAGACAUAAUACGCUGUUACAGCAGUGGAGGCCGUACCAUAAUUUUUACCGAGACAAAGGAAUGUGCUUCUCAACUUUCGGGAUUGUUGCCUGGAGCACGGCCCUUGCAUGGAGACAUACAGCAAUCCCAGCGAGAGGUUACACUUGCUGGUUUCAGGUCUGGCAAGUUUAUGAUAUUAGUGGCCACGAAUGUGGCGGCACGAGGAUUGGACAUCAAUGAUGUCCAGUUAAUUAUCCAGUGCGAGCCUCCACGUGAUGUUGAAGCAUAUAUUCACAGAUCUGGACGCACAGGGAGAGCUGGCAAUACUGGAGUAGCUGUCAUGCUGUACGAUCCAAGAAGGGCAAAUGUAUCUAAGAUUGAAAGAGAGUCUGGUGUAAAAUUUGAACACAUCGCUGCUCCGCAGCCAAGUGAUGUUGCUCAAGCUGCUGGUGUUGAAGCUGCAGAAUCAAUAACACAAAUUUCUGAUAGUGUUAUUCCGGCAUUCAAAUCUGCAGCCGAGCAACUACUGAACACAUCAGGCAUGUCAGCAGUUGAAUUACUUGCAAAGGCUCUUGCUAAGGCUUCUGGUUAUAGUGAAAUAAAGAGCAGAUCACUGCUUUCGUCACUUGAAAACCAUGUAACCUUACUUCUUGAGGCUGGAAGGCCCAUUUAUACACCUUCGUUUGCUUUCGGUGUCUUGAGGAGAUUCUUGCCUGAAGACAAAGUAGAGUCUGUGAAGGGUCUUACUCUCACAGCUGAUGGAAAUGGCGUUGUAUUUGAUGUGGCAGCUGAAGAUCUAGAUACUUUCCUUGCUGGUCAGGAGAAUGCAGCGAAUGUAAGCUUAGAGGUGGUAAAAACAUUGCCGCGUCUCCAGGAGAGAGAGCAAUCAAGAGGGGGAAGAUUUGGCGGCGGGGGUGGUCGUGGUGGCUAUGGUGGUAGGGGUGGUGGUGGUUUUUCUGGCCAAAGGAAUGGUCGGUUUUCUGGUGGCUUUGGCGGGAGAGGCCGUGGCAAUUAUAGAAGGUGAUAAAGUAAUCUGCAGCCAGUCUCUUGGUGUCGGAGCUUUCCAGAAUAAAAGAAGGCAUCACUUUAUGUUGAUGCAGAAAUUUUGGCUGAUUUUAUGAUUUUACGAACGUAGCCUCAAGCGUCUGUAACGGAUGACCCACCGUAGGAUAAACUAUCUGGUACCGUGGUCCCAUAGUUUUCUAAUAUAUUUUGGUAUAAUUUCUCAAGUCAACUUUGUUUUUUUUUUCCUAAUUUUUUGUGGGGGCGCUUUGAUGAUGCCUCCACCUUUCUAAUUUUUUGUUUUUGUUGCAAUUGUGAGUUGUACGCUUGAGUAUAUAUUCUUGAUCAGUUCAAUAUAAGAGUUGUUUCCUA